AUGAAGACUCUGCUGCUGCUGAGCUUGGGGAUCGCUGUUCUUCUGGCGCUCGCCGCAGGGUUUGCCCAAGAGCCAGACCCGGACCCAGAGAUGGCUGCGAGUGGCCGCGGAACCGGCGAUGGUGGGUCCGGUGAAGGCGGUCGCGGCGGGUCCGGACGAGACGGCGGGUGGUCUUACCGCUUCGGAUCUGGUUCGGCUCCCGACGGCAGCUGGGACUACAGGUGGGGGUCGGGUUCCGGCCCCGGUGGUGGUUGGGGUUUUGGUUCGGGGAGCGGCCGAUCUGGUUCCGGUUCUGGUUCUGGUUACGGCUUUGGUUGGGGUACGGGGCACGAGAGCGGCGGUGGCGGAGGCGGAGGCGGCGGAGGCCGGGGCGGAGUUGAAGGUGGCGCUGGUGGUGGGGGUGGCGGCGGCGGUACCGGUGGCUUUUUUGGUGGGCCUGGUUCCUUUGGGUUCGGGGGUGGGUUUGGAGGUGGCGUUAACCCCUUCGGGUGCGGGUUCGGGUUCGGCGGACCGACUGGCGGAGGGUCGGGGCGGGGGCGGUUCGCCCGGACCGACGGCCAGGGCGCGCCGGAAGCCGACAACUCGAACGGCCGUAGGUGUGCAUAA